AGGGAGAGCGGCGAGCGAGCCGGAGCCCCGCAGCCGCGCCGCGCCGCCCAGGCAAGGGGCCCCGGCUGCCCGGGAGCCCCUGCAACGGGAACCGGGGCCCCCCAAAAAAAGCCCCAGCGCUCUUCGCCACCGCCAUCGCGGCGGGGGGCUGCUGCGAGCCAUCCUCCCCCCCCCGGGGCCGCCCCCGCCGCCUCGGCCGGGGGAGUCGCUGUCGCGUUGCCCGUUGAGCUCCGCGGCCUCAGCCCCGGCGGGGGGGGAGGCGGCUGUCACCCAGGCAGCGGCGGCAGGACCCAGUGAUUGAUGCUGGUCCCCGCUCAGAAGAGUUCAUGUGAAGCCUGCCCAUGGAAGGUCGAUGCCUGCCUUCGCUGAGGCUCUAGGAUUCUGUCAUUUUGCUGUUUAAUCAGCUGAAGAAUCCAGUUUUUCCCAUGAACCAUCUUUCACCUCGGGAAGAGAGAGGUGCAAAGUAGGUCAACCAACAUGAGUGGCCUUGGGGACAGCUCAACGGACCCUGCCAACCCCGACUCUCGGAAGAGGAAAGGCUCUCCCUGCGACACGGCCCAGAGCAAUGAAAAGCGGCGACGGGAGCAGGAGAACAAGUAUUUGGAGGAGCUGGCAGAGCUGCUGUCUGCAAACAUCGGGGACAUCGACACGCUGAGCGUCAAACCUGACAAAUGCAAGAUCCUAAAAAAGACGGUUGAUCAGAUCCAGCAGAUGAAGAGGUUGGAGCAAGAUGUGUUUAGUCCCAUUUAUGCCGUCGGAGGGGACCGGUGGAGGUCACAGGUUGGACAGGGUCAUGGUCUUUCUCCAAACCCUUUAACAGCCUUCAAGGUGCAAAGUAGGUCAACCAACAUGAGUGGCCUUGGGGACAGCUCAACGGACCCUGCCAACCCCGACUCUCGGAAGAGGAAAGGCUCUCCCUGCGACACGGCCCAGAG